AGCCACUUUCAUGUGUAUGAUGAAUGAUAUCUUCCGUGAUUUCUUAGACCGAUUUGUCAUUAUCUUUAUUGAUGACAUUUUGAUCUAUAGCAAAUCAUUGGAUGAGCAUGUUCAUCAUAUAAGACAGGUGCUGACUCGUCUACGCCAGCACCGCCUUUUCGUCAAACAAAGCAAAUGUGAGUUUGCUCGGUCCUCAAUUCCUUUCUUGGGCCAUAUUAUCUCACACAAUCAAUUGUCCAUGGACCCUUCUAAGGUAAAAGCAGUCCUAGAUUGGAAGCCUCCAACUUCCAUCAAAGAACUGCAAGCCUUUCUUGGCCUCGCCAACUAUUAUCGAAAGUUCAUUCAACACUUUGCUGCUAUCACUUCCCCCCUCUCUAACCUACUGCGUAAGACAGAAGGAUUCCACUGGGGACCAGAUGAAAACAAAGCCUUUGAAUCCAUCAAACAAGCCUUAACCUCUUCUCCUACUCUAGCCCUUCCCAACCCUUCCCUUCCCUAUACCAUAUGGACAGAUGCCUCCAGUAUUGCAACGGGUGCAAUCCUUUGUCAAGAUCAGGGACAUGGCCUUCAACCCCUUGCUUUCGACUCUCGAAAGUUCAAACCUGCUGAGUGCAACUAUGCCACUCAUGACCGUGAGAUGUUGGCCAUUGUCCAUGCCAUAAAAAAGUGGCGUUGCUAUGUCCAUAUGCAACCCGUCACUGUCCUUACUGACCAUUGCACCCUUCAACACUUCAAGACCCAACCUCACCUUACCCCCAGACAGGCUCGUUGGAUGGAAUACUUGGAACAGUAUGUGCCUGAGCUGAAGAUUGACGAACUGUAGAUUUCGAGGUUGGAUUUGUCCAACCAAAAUUGUGCGCCUCGAACUGAACAAGUCCGCAACCCCAAAAUUGUACA